CCCACCGUCCCCGAUGCCGUUCAGACAGUGGAUGGGCCAGGGUGCGAACGGUUUAGCUACGACCGUUUGUUACUUGCCCUUGUUGGAGUUCAUGUGUAUUGUGCAUUCCUAUAUUGAUUCUCUUUUGGACUAUUGCCUCCAGAAUUCCGAUCAGACAAGUUACGCCUGAUCCGGACAAGAAACCCAUCGAAAAUUACUUGCAUUUCAAAAACCCCGCCGACAGCGAGAGAUAUCGAGGCCAUCGAAAGAUUGCAAUGGCUCAGUUCACGGAAAUGUAUUUCGACAAGCUGGUGGACUUCAAAGUCGACUGUCACGAAGCUCUUGAGCGGCGAUAUGAUUGGGCAACUUUUGAAUUUACACCAGAAUUGUUCAAGUUCUUUCUUUUCACCAUGGUUCCUGAUGUUCUGUUGCACACUAAAAGUCGCGGUAUGUUCGAUUUCGAUUUUGAAUUGACCAUUGAAAAUGUUCACGCUGACGUGGUCGGCAUCUGUAAUUGAUUCAGAUCGGAAACAGACACAUGAAGUCUAUGACCGCGGUAACGACUUCUAUCACUUCAGCCUGGGGGACUCGAUGACAUUUUCAUCCGGAAUAAUCUCUGAUCCACAUCGAGUGGAGUCAAUUGAAGAGCUGCAGAACAACAAAAUGACUAUCGUUUGUCAAAAAAUCGGGCUACUACCAGGGAAUACCGUGUUGGAUAUAGG